CACUCUUAGUUCACACACUACACCGCCACACCUGGGUGUUUACGUUACCUUACACCGGUCGUGUUUUCCUGUCACAUCUGUUUCACCAAAAACAUGGUUUUGGAUCUUGACUUAUUUCGGGAAGACAAGGGUGGAAAUCCCGACAAAAUAAGAGCUAAUCAGGCAAAGCGUUACAAAGAUACAACACUUGUCGAUAAAGUUGUAGAGGCCGACACAAAAUGGCGAAAGCUUCGUUACCAAGCAGAUAACUGGAACAAGCAAAAGAAUCUAUGUAGUAAAACAAUUGGUGAAAAAAUGAAGAAGAAAGAGCCUGUCGGUGAUGACUCACCAGCGCCAGAGGAUGUGGUUAGUCAGUUGAAAUCUCUGUCAGAAGAUGUUCUGAAGGCAUUAACAGUUAACCAAAUAAAGAAAAUACGCCAGCUUAUUGAUGAGGCAAUCAAGGAAUGCGAGGAAGAGCGGGUCAAAGUUGAGAGGAUACGCAAAGAGAGUCACUGGGAGCUUGGAAACUUUGUGCACGAUUCAGUCCCUAUAAGCAAUGAUGAGGAUGAGAACAAAGUUGAGAGAACAUUCGGAGAUACGACAACCAAAAAGAAAUAUUCGCAUGUGGAUCUUAUUCACAUGAUUGAUGGAGUGGAAUGUGAAAGGGGCGCCACAACGGCUGGUAGUAGAGGCUACUACUUAAAGGGACCAGCAGUGUUCCUUUCGCAAGCUAUUAUCCAGCAUGGUUUGCAGUCCCUGUACAAGAAGGGCUACGAAGCUCUCUACACGCCAUUCUUCAUGAAUAAACAAGUCAUGCAAGAGGUAGCCCAGCUUAGCCAGUUUGAUGAAGAACUUUACAAGGUUAUUGGCAAAGGCAGCGAGAAAGCCGAAGACACAACGUAUGAGGAAAAGUACCUGAUAGCAACCUCUGAACAGCCAAUCGCAGCAUACCAUAGAGAUGAGUGGAUGGCCACUGCCGACUUACCUAAGAAGUAUGCUGGCUUUUCAACUUGUUUCCGGCAAGAGGUCGGCUCUCAUGGCAGAGACACUAGGGGAAUAUUUCGUGUUCAUCAAUUUGAAAAGGUGGAACAGUUUUGUAUCACUUCUCCACAUGACAACAAGUCUUGGGAAAUGUUUGAUCACAUGAUUGAGAAUGCGGAGGAAUUCUGUCAGUCGCUUGGUCUGCCUUACCGUGUUGUCAACAUCGUGUCAGGAGCCCUCAAUAAUGCUGCAGCAAAGAAGUUAGAUGUGGAAGCGUGGUUUCCCGGGGGUGGUGCUUUUAGAGAAUUAGUAUCAUGCUCAAAUUGUACUGACUACCAGUCAAGGCGGUUAUUAGUACGAUAUGGACAGGUCAAGAAAAUGAAUACACAGGCCGAGUAUGUACACAUGCUAAACGCUACUAUGUGCGCUUCCACACGCGUCAUCUGCUGUAUUCUAGAAAACAAUCAAACUGAAGAUGGCGUCAUUGUACCAGAGAUUCUACGACCGUUUAUGCCUGAAGGUUUAAAAGAAAUUAUAAAGUUUACCAAACCACCACCUAUUGAAGAACAGCAGGGAAAGAAGCAAAAGAAACAGAAAGAAGGAGGAAAGAAAAAAGGAAAAGCAGAGGAAGCGUCUGCCAAAACUGAGGAAUAAAACAAAGGAUGUGAUUGGCCAAGUACUUGAGGACUGUAAUACCCUGAACAAUAACCUAGAGUCAUGAUGCAACAUUAGCCAAAACAUGUGCAUGUGCAAUGUAAUCAUAAUCAUCAAUGUACACCACUGAACACUGUACAUCACGUUACUAUUUAACACCAGUUUACACUGUUAACAGAGUGUACAUCUUCGAACUCCAGUAUACAUCAUUAAACACUACUGUACAUCAUUAAAGCCAAGUGUACACUGUAAAAACAGUAAACACUAUAUAAACACCACUAAACACUAGAGUAUGCAAUUAAAUACCAGUAUAAUACUCAAGACUACAAUUAAUCACAGUAUUUGUGUGAACACCACAUAAUAGUGAUAAAUUGUUACUCUAAACAUAACCAGCUUAUGGUUAUAUUUUAUGUGUAGCUUGAGGCAUGCCAGCUUCAACAUUUUGGAGGUAAACUCUCCUCUUCUCUUUCUUAUUCUUGUAUUGCUAAAAAAUACAGAAAUUAAAAAAUAAAUAAAUAGUUGGAUGGGAGGGAUUGGGGCCGUAUUUAUCAAACUAGAAAUCAGCUUAAAUUCGUCCAUAAAGUCAAUUUUUUGCUGAAGUCAGAUUUAUCAAUAUUGCUUAGCUUAAAAAUUGCUUAAAAUUAAAGACGAUUUUAUGCAUCAUGUGCAAUCUAAAGCGAUUUUUAAACUAAGAUUUUUUUAAGAUGGUUUGAUAAAUCAGCUUAAGAUUUUUGCUUAGGGACAUACUUUUAAGACAUUUGCUAAGCAGAGAUUGAUAAAUCCCGGGCCAAACUCCUAAGUAAACUGAAUCACUACGAAGUAUUGCUAGAGUACCAAUCUUAUCCAGUAACAAACAACAUGUCAUCCUCCCAAAACAUUACAUUUUUGUUUAUGAAAUAACUUACUUGUUAGCAUAGACAAAAAGCUAAUGAACAUCGUAUAAAAGUUUUUCACACUUCUGUUGAAUGUAUUGAUUAGGGAACAUUAAAAAUCCACAUUUAUCUAUCAAAAACUCAAAUCAAAAUUUUUAUUUUUAUGUAGUGAUUGAAUUAAAUUGUGGCAAAUUUAAGUAUACACCUGAUAAUAUGCAAAUAAGAUGUAUCUGAAUGUUUUGUUUUCUUUAAUUGGUCACCAACCUACUAUACAUUCCUACAAACAUUAAUUGUGCAUAUGCCAGAUUAUAUGUUUAUGCAGAUUUGAUUUACAUAAUUAUUUAAAUUAUUAUAAUUUAUAUUCAUGCAUAUAUUAAUCAAGAGAAUGCAACGAGUGGCGAGUUGGCGCCAGGAUUUGCCCGAUGGGAGUUCCAACUCCCCGACAGGGUGAGAGGGCGAUUUCCCCGACAACAAGAAGCGGUUUGGCGCAGCGUGAAAGGUUUGGUUUCCCAACCUUGAGGUCGGGGUUUCAAUCCCUUGCUGUGCAUUUCGCUUUAUCUGCAUUGCUUCUCUCCACCCCUGAGUAUAAAUGGGUACCUGGUGGGGUUGCUUGCUCCUGUGCUGAAUACAGCAGCAACUUAUGCAUGUGGAUCCAUUGACCAGGGACAGAAGCGCUUCGUAUCUGCAAAGAAAGGCGCUAUAUAAAUAAAAAUGAAUAGAAUAGAAUAGAACAAUGAGUGUCGCUUAAAAUCUCUCAAAAGUGUCCAUGGGGGAAAAGCCUCUGAAAAUUAUGACAAUUUAGGGGUUUCAAAGGCUUAUUUAAUCUAUUUUAGAGUCUACUAUAUGUAGAAAAUAAAUAUACAUUUUAUUUUUCCCCGACGAAUUUUGGUUUUUCUCCCCAGCGAAUUGUGGUUUUUCUCCCCAGCGAAUUGUGGUUUUUCUCCCCGACUGGGGAGCCAAGCUCUCCCCAAUGGUAGCCCUGACUGGAGCCACCUCUGAAUGAGUGUGUGUAAUAUGCUAAUUGAUAUCAAUUACCUGGUUUUCGAAUUUGCAUACUUUCGAUUUUACCCUGAGCUUGUAUAUUCAUGCAUUGUGCUGUUAGCAUAUUCUAGCCCACUUAUUUUCUUUGUAAACUGGAUGAUUUUCAUAUUUUUCAUUUAUCCUCUUAAUCAAUUAAGGGCUAGCAAUAGAUUUCAUUUAGAUAUCAAUGCAGUCUACAUAUCUUUUGAAGGUAAAAAUUAUCCAUUGUUUAGUGAUGAAAAAUAUAUGGUAAAUAAAAGGAAUAACUUCUAAGAUUCGGA